AUGUUGAGACAGAGUUUAUCAAAUGUGCUGAGCAUGCUAAAAUCUCUCAGUAAGAAAGCAAAAGAGCUUUCUAUUUUAUGUGGAAUUGAGAUCGCAGUUAUUAUCUUUUCCAUUGGAGGUCAACCAUUUUUCUUUAGUAAGCCUGAUGUUGAAUCGGUCGUCCACCAGGCCAAUCAACCAAGUGCAUCUUCGAAAAGGAAGGUAGAAGAAAGUGAGAACAAAGGAAAAGUUACUGAAGGUACCUUCAUACACUGUCCGUCAGAAGAUUUUAACUUGACUGAUUUGGAAAGAUAUAAGAAAUUGGAUCAGAAAUUUGAACUUCAAUUGGUUAAGGAAAUUGUUCAGCUACAAUCUGUGAUUCGCUCUGAAGAUCCACAAUUUGUGCUCGAAAUGAAUGAUGCUAGUUCUUCGACUUUGCCAUCUAAUUAG